AACAUGCCAGCGCAAUCCUUUCCCUCUUGCGCUCUAGAGGACAGUCCUGCUUCUAAAUGUUGCUGAAUUGGUUUCUGCGUACAAGCUUUUCUACAGGAAGCUGUCCUAGAGCAAGCACAAGCAUACCCUUUGUGAGCAAAUGUCAAGGAGGAGAGAAAGUAGUUUGUGGGCGUUCCUCAGGGGAGAGCAUCUGCAUUAAUGACACACAGGUCUUGGCAGGAGGGGAAAUAACCCGAUAAAAUUAUGUCCACCAAUGCUGCGGUUGUGAAGAGCUGCAAUAAACAGAAUCCCUCAAAGAGAAGCCUAGAACGCAUAGGGGAAUGUCCUGCAAAACGAAAAGCUAGCUGGGGUAUUCUCACCAGCCAAGGUUCUUGGGCAGAUCGUUCACCGUUACAUGAAGCAGCAAGCCAAGGACGCCUUCUUUCUCUAAAGACUUUAAUUGCACAGGGAUAUAAUGUUGAUGCUCUAACCAUUGACCAAGUGACUCCGCUGCAUGAAGCCUGCCUGGGAGAUCAUGUGGGAUGUGCUAGACUCCUUCUUGAAGCAGGAGCAAACGUGAAUGCUACAACGAUUGAUGGAAUGACCCCCCUCUUCCAUGCAUGCUCAAGAGGAAGUGCACCUUGUGUAGAGCUUCUUUUGGAGUACGGGGCCAAAGCUCAGUGGGAGACAUGUCUUCCUUCUCCGACCCAUGAAGCAGCCAGCAGAGGCCAUAGUGAUUGCCUGGAACUGCUGAUCUCUUGGGGCAUAGAUGUUGACCAAGAUAUUCCUCACCUCGGAACCCCGCUAUAUGUGGCUUGCAUUUCACAGCAUAAACAAUGUGUCCGGAAGCUUCUUUAUUCAGGUGCAAAUGUACAAAAAGGGAAAUUUUUGGAAACCCCAUUACAUGCAGCUGCAAGGCAAUCCAAUGCAGAAAUAAUAAGCAUGCUUCUUGACUUUGGGGCUGAUAUAAAUGCCAAAAAUACAGAGUUUGAACGACCUAUAGAUGUAGCUUCUCCCAGCACUUUGGUGGAAAGAGUAUUGCUUCUUCAUGAAGCUACUCCGUGUUCUCUUUGCCAGUUGUGCCGGCUACGCAUUCGAAACUACAUCGGGAGAGCCAGAUUGCAUCUUGUACCACAACUCCAGUUGCCCACAAUACUGAAAGAUUUCUUACAGUAUAGAUAAAUGUAGUGACUAGCUUUGUAGUACUUGAAGAAAAAGUAUUUUAUGUUAUGUUCCAUGUUGGGAUGGGAAAGGGGAAUGUGUGUCUAAACUAAGGGUACAUCUACACCAUGGAAUUAAUGCAGUUUGACACUAGUAACUGUCGUGGCUCAAUGCUAUGGUAUUAUGGGAGCUGUAGUUUCACCUGUCUAUAGCCUUCUGUGUCGAAGAGUGCCAAUGCCUCACCAAACUACAACUCCCUGAAUUCCAUAGCAUUGAGUCUUGACAGUUAAAGUGGUGUCAAACUGUAUUAAUUCUACAGUGUGGAUGCGACCAAAGUUUUAUAUACUUAUGUAUAUAUAGCAAUUAAAAUUAUAAUCCGACAGUAUUUGGGAUCCUUGAGCAACCCAAUGAUAAGGCGCUAAUAUAUUUAAGUAUGACAAAAAUCAUUCAUAUCCUCAAAGCAUGUUACAUACUGCACUGUGGCAUUUAAUGAUGAUCAAACAAAGGCUGUACUUUGCACUGAGAAUGUACAGUUGUUCUUGUAAGGAUAUUAUUGUCUCUUCUCUGAUUAUUUUUAUAUUUGAGGCAGCAUGACAUUUUCCUAGCAGUGUCACAUCGGCAGUUGGCAAUUUUUGCAAUUCUUUCCUCUCAGCCACCCUUUGUAGGAAGGAGGACUUACUAAUUCUUCCCUUACGCCAUCUCCUGAGCACAACUGGGGAAGAAUACCGUAAUUUCUUUUUCUCUUUCUGAACAUCUAGUUUAAGUGAGAGUUCAGUUCAUUUAAAUACUGUUGCCCCCUCAAACUGGCAUUAGUUGUCAGGAGCAAUAGCUUUUUAGUGGGCUUAUAACCCAAGGGGGAUCUACAUUGUACAAAUAAUGCAGUUUGACAUCAUCUUUACUGCCAUAGCUUAAUGAUAAGGAAUCAUGGGAGUUAUAGUUUGGCGGGGCAACAGCUUACUGUGGCAGAAAAGGCUAAAGACCUCAUAAAAUUACCAUUCCCAUGAUUCCAUAGCAUUGAGCUAUGGAAGUUAAAAUAGUGUCAAACUACUUUUAUUCAACACUGUAAACACACCCUUAUUUAAAGACUUAAGUGAAAUGAUGUUAAUAUCUAACACCAAAAUUCUCAUGAUAUUGUGCUGUGAUGGGAGGAGGAAAGAGUUUGGUCUGGUACAAUCUACACAAGGUAUUUUGUUCUUACAUUUUAAUUAUUGUUUGGUUUUGUUGUAUUCUGGUUCAGGAUGUUUG